AUGGCAGCCGCAGCGAACCUGGCCAACAUGAUCGCCGAUGCCUCCGUCGAGAAGUUCAAGGAGGAGUGCGACAAGAACGUGUGCACCGUCAGCAUCAACCUCCACAACAGACACGAGUACGACAUAACCGUCAUGCCCAUGGCCAUCCACGUCGUGCUGAGCUACAAGACGCUCCAGUACAAGGUCCCGCGCGCCGACAAGGAGACCUACACGGACACGAUCGACUUCCUCGCAGAGGCGAUAGACAAUGCGUGCCGCGGCAAUCUACACGCGGAUGUCGAGUUUGACCGGUACCGGCCCGACAGCGAGGAGUCGCACUACUACUGCUGCCUGAGGGUGCACCGCCACGGGGCGCAGGUGUUCUACCGCGAGUUUGAGCGAGACGACAUGCAGAGGGAGCUGAAGCGCUACAUGCGCACGCUGCGCCUGCUCAACUGA